CCCCCCCAACCCACUCAUCAAGUAGAUCUCCUUUUUCCUUUCAAAUUUUUUUCCCUACAAUUUCUUGCUUCCUUUUUCAGUUACCCAAAAUCCUUCUUCCUUUCACUUUCAACCAUUUCAAAAAUCUCCUCUUCUUCAACAAUGGCUCACUAAUCUCCACAAAAAUCAACUCACAUUGUACCAAAAUCCCCCAAAAUUCCCAUAAAAAAUGGCAUCUCAAAUACCCAAAUCUUCAAAACCCACAAAACCCUCAACCCCAUCAUUGUUAAUCCCUGCAAAAUCAUCAUCCUCAUUAUCGACUCAUUUAGCUAUGAUUGAGCUAAAACAAAGAAUCUUGACAUCAAUUUCUAAGCUAUCUGAUAGAGACACUCAUCAAAUCGCAGUUGAAGAUCUCGAAAAAAUCAUCCAAACCCUCUCAAACGACGGCGUUUCAAUGCUCCUCAACUGUCUCUACGACGCCAGCAGCGACCCCAAACCCGCUGUCAAGAAGGAGGCAGUCCGUCUACUCCCAACGGUAUGUGCUUCGCAUCGCGACUUCGCGAUGAUCCAUUUGGGGAGAAUCAUUGGAAAUGUGGUUAAGAGGCUGAAAGAUUCGGAUUCAGGGGUGAGGGACGCGUGUCGCGAUGCGAUUGGAUCGUUGGCGGCUUUGUACUUGAAGGGAGGUGAAGGGGAGAAUGUGGGGUUGUUCGUGAAGCCGUUGUUUGAAGGGAUGAAUGAGAAUAACAAGACGGUACAGAGUGGUGCGGCGUUGUGUAUGGCGAAAAUGGUGGAAUGUGCUAGCGAUACACCUGUAUCGGCGUUUCAAAAGAUGUGUACGAGGAUAUGCAAGUACCUUAACAGUCCGAAUUUCAUGGCGAAAGCUUCUUUGUUGCCUGUUGUAUCGAGCUUAUCGCAGGUAGGAGCUAUAGCACCGCAAAAUUUGGAACCUUUAUUGCAGGCCAUUCACGAAUGCCUCGGCAAUACAGACUGGGCAACUCGUAAAGCUGCAGCUGAUACAUUAAGUGCCUUGGCGUUGAAUUCAAGCAACUUGGUAGCAGGAGGAGCCACUUCCACUUUAACCGUGCUUGAGGCUUCUCGGUUUGACAAGAUAAAACCUGUGAGAGACAGUAUGUUGGAGGCUUUGCAGCACUGGAAGAAAAUUGCAGGAAAAGAAGAUGGUGCAACAGAUGAUCAGAAAGCUGCAUGUCUUGAUGGUGAAACUUCUGAAUCUGCCGGAUCAUCAGAAAAGAAGGACCUCCGAAAUGCUGUGGGCCUAUUAAAGAAGAGAGCUCCUGCCUUGUCAGACAGAAAAUUGAACCCAGAUUUCUUUCAGAAACUUGAAGCAAGGCGUUCAAGUGAUUUGCCUGUGGAAGUGGUUGUCCCUCGUCAAUGUCUUAAUUCAUCGAAUGCACCAGCUGAAGUAGAGUCUGAGCCCGACAAAGCAGAAACAGGACAGGGAAUAUUGAGGAAAGGCCAGCUUGAUGCUAGGUAUAGUAGCACGGAGAGUCAAACUUCUGGGGUAAGUGGCAGAGAACAUGAUAUUGAUGAGGGAGAUUUGACUCAGAGGGAACAAUCGAGUUACCGUGCUGGUUUUGCAAAAAAUGCUGGUCCACCUGAGGGGUUUAUGACUAACAAAGGAAACUGGCUUGCCAUUCAAAGACAAUUGUUACUUCUGGAGAGACAACAGGCUCAUCUGACGAAUAUGUUGCAGGAUUUCAUGGGUGGAUCUCAUGGUAGCAUGGUGGCUCUCGAGAAUAGAGUACGUGGCCUUGAAAGAGUCGUUGAAGAUAUGGCACGUGAUUUAUCUCUUUCAGCAGGUAGAAGAGGUGGUACUUUUACGGCGAGAUUCGAUGAAUCUCUUAAUAGGCCUCUGGGUAAGUAUAAUGGCUUCCAUGAUUACUCAAGUACCAAGCUAGGUAGAGGUAGUGAAGGGAGCAUCGCAUUUGGCGAGAGGUUUGUACCAUCUGACGGUAAUUCAUCAGGUAUGAGGGGAAGGAGUCCACCACGUAGAUCUGAUAAUCCUGAUGCUUGGGAUUUUCAUUCGUAUGGUAAGAAUGGGCAAUCAGGCUCUAGGAGAGGUAUAGGUAGUGGCUCCAUGGAUGCUAGGUCAUCUAAACCAGAAAACGAGAUAGAUCAGGUUGGCACCAGGAGGGGAUGGGCUAAAGGAGCAGGACUCGUUAGGUUUGGUGAGGGGCCUUCUGCCAGAAGUAUCUGGCAAGCCUCGAAGGAUGAAGCAACCUUGGAGGCAAUCCGUGUGGCUGGUGACGACAAUGGAACUGCUCGAGGUGCGAGAGUAGCUAUUCCAGAAUUAGAGGCUGAAGCACUAACAGAUGACAAUAAUGUGCAAGAGCGUGAUCCAGUUUGGACUUCCUGGACCAAUGCAAUGGAUGCAUUUUCUGUUGGUGAUAUGGAUUCAGCUUUUUCUGAAGUUUUGUCUACUGGAGAUGAUUUCUUGCUUGUGAAGCUCAUGGAUAGAUCAGGCCCAGUGAUUGAUCAACUGUCAAAUGAGGUGGGAAGUGAGGCUUUACAUGCUGUUGCCCAGUUUCUUCUGGAGCCAAACUUGACAGACAUCUGUUUAUCGUGGGUCCAACAGUUGCUAGAAAUCGUCAUAGAAAAUGGACCUGAGGUAGUGGACAUUCCUAUGGAAGUGAAAAAAGAGCUGCUGUUAAAUUUGAACGAAAUUUCAUCAUCAGUAGACAUACCCGAGGACUGGGAAGGUGCAACACCAGAGCAACUGUUGUUGCAGUUGGCAUCUGCUUGGGAUAUCGAUCUACAAGAGCUGGAGAAGUAACUGUGCGCUACUCAUUCACCUGUUACAUGAAGUUAGUGUCUCGUGAAUUUUCUCCCCGGCAAGCUCAUUUCCCAAUUAUUCACCCAGGCAUGAUGUUAGUGUCAUGAACUUUCUCUGGGGCUCGCUCAAUUUACCUGGAAGUAACUCUUUUCCCAGUCUGCUAGUUUAGUUUGGAGUCAUUUCGGCACUGGUUCAUAUUUCGAGAUUUGAUGUAAAUUGGAAAUUCGUGUACUUGGGCAGUCUGCUUCGCUUGUAAAUCACAAUUUUGCUGUCAUGUUUACGAAAAUUGUACUCCUAAUCGCAGAUUGUUCUUGUAUCUCGACAGUGAAGUGGUCGAUGAAAGUUAUAUAUAAGACUUCUGUUUUCAUA